CGCGACUCCGAGUCUUGGACGUCUUCUUACUCUUCUCCGGUUCUCCCCAUCUCAUAAAAAACAUUUCACUCCAAUCAUUCAUUCCAAUUCCCAAUCAGCCAAUCCAAUCCCCCAUCUCCUCUUCCUGGGCACCCGCUGUAAUUGAAUUGUUUUGCUUCUCUGCGGUUUUGGUAGCGGCAGGCGUUUGGCCAGACGCAGAGUUGUAAUUAAAAUUUGGUAAUGGCAGGAUGAAAUGGAGUAAAAUGCAUGAUUUGGUUGCUUAUGAUGGGAACAUUCAUUUAUGAUGCUAUACAAUGUUUUCUUAAAGAGAAUCUCGGACCGCAAAUGAGAUGUCUUCCAGUAAGAGUCCGUCUCAGCACUUGAAGGAUGGUGGAUUGCAGAGUCAAAUAGCCAAUGCUGUGAACAGGUUCAGAAGGAGGUGUUAUGGCCACUAAAUGUAGUUUACUGCUUGUUCUGGCAAAGAGUUUGAUGGGGGGAGUAGUGUUAUAAGAAAACAGGAGAACACAUAAGAAAGAAUCAUACUUUGGUUCAGCUUAUGAGAACAAGAAUAUGAACUUGGCAUCAGAUCCUUUUAGGUGAUGAUAGAUCCAACCUUGUUCAGCCCAUAGUUUCGUGAGAAAUGAGCUGGGACUCCAACAUUAUCUUCUUCUUGUUCAGGCAUAAUGUGGAAGCACAUCGUUCUUUAAAAAAUCAGAGGGAUGACAGUGAUGUUCAUCAUAAAGAUCAAGAAGCUAUGGAACUUUAUUCCAGGGCCAGAGUGCAGGAGGAAGAGAUCCAAUUUCUUCGUGGGCAAGUCACUGUUGCCUGUCUGAAGGAAUUACGGCUGCUGAACGAGAAGUAUGCAUUGGAAAAGAAAUUUGCUGACUUACGAAUGGCAAUAGAUGAGAAGCAGAAUGAAGCGACUACUUCUGCAUUAAAUGAGUUGGCCCGCAGAAAAGGUGAUCUCGAAGAAAACUUGAAAUUAACUCACGAUCUGAAGGCUGCAGAUGAUGAAAGAUAUGUCUUCAUGUCAUCCAUGCUUGGGUUAUUGGCUGAAUAUGGUAUUUGGCCCCAGGUCAUAAAUGCUUCUGCCAUAUCCAACAGUUUAAAGCAUCUACAUGAUGAGUUGCAGUGGAAGAUUAGAACUUCACAUGAACAGCAAGGUUUUGAUCGUUAUACAGAUGCUCAACAUCUGGAGCCGACUGCAAAAUUGCAGCAACCCAUGAAUGAUUUUGCAGACAUGAAAAAUUUGAUGCUAAUUAACAAAGAAAAUCCGCAACAGUUCACAUCCAAUAUAGAUAGUAAUACAACUCACAGGAAUAUGGAUGGCUUUAUUCUGCAUGAUUCAGUUGAUAAAGAAGUCGCAAAUGGGAGAGCUGAACAAAUGAAUAAUGGCACCUCAUAUCCUCAGACACCUGAUUAUUCAUCCUCUAUUUCGCAAGGGCCUGGCAUAGAGAAUUUUCAGGUAAUUGGUGAUGCCGUACCUGGAGGCAAACUUCUUGGAUGUGGAUUCCCAGUACGCGGGACUUCACUUUGCAUGUUUCAGUGGGUUCGUCAUCUUGAAGAUGGCACUAGGGAGGUUAUUGAAGGAGCUACAAAUCCAGAAUAUAUAGUCACAGCAGAUGAUGUUGAUAAAAUUAUUGCUGUUGACUGCAUACCAAUGGAUGAUCAAGGCCGCCAGGGGGAACUAGUGAGGCAUUUUGCUAAUGAUCAGAACAAAAUUAUAUGUGACCCGGAGAUGCAGCUGGACAUUGACACAAAUAUUUCUAGAGGACAAGCCACUUUCAGUGUUCUACUACUGAUGGAUUCUGCUGAGAAUUGGGAGCCAGCAACUUUAUAUCUGAGAAGGUCAGGCUAUCAGAUCAACAUUAAUAGCACAGAAGCGAGUGUCAUUGCAGAAAAAUUCUCAAAUGAUUUAUCUAUCAAAGUUCCUUGUGGCUUCUCAACUCAAUUUGUGAUGACAUGUUCUGAUGGAUCUUCUCAUCCUAUUAGCACAUACAGUGUUCGGAUGCGCGAUACUCUUGUGUUAACGAUGAGAAUGCUACAAAGCAAGGCAAUGAAUGACAGAAGAAAAGGAAGGGUGUAAUGGGUUUAUUUGAGCUGAUGUUUAUAGCCAUUAGUCAUUCAUAGUAGAAUUUAGAAAACCAUAUAUGAUUAAUUAGACUGUUCGACAUCUCAGGUUCAGGAAGUGAACAGAUUAUUGCGCAAUUAUUAUCUGUUAUUAUUACUUUAGUAGUUACCAUCCUAUUGUAAUCUCGGAAGUUUUCUGUAUAGUAGACUAGCUUGCAAAUAUGACCGUAUAUGUAAAGAUGUUGCAUUUGAGCUAAUGAAUACCCCAGCGUUUUCUUCA